AUGGCAUCACACAGACUGUUAGAUCAGGAGGAGGAAGACGCACUCCAUAAAUCCCGCCUCCUCAACGUCGAAGAAAAACCGUUUAAACGCAUUACAAAACGACUCCUCGCACGCGACUCCCUCAUAACCACACCAUUGUCGCUUCCUCCUACACCGCCACCAGAGUCCGGAGUAGAGAAUGACGAUGCUGAAGCCGAACGACAAAAGAAGCUCGAAGAAUGGCGGCAGCUCAAAGAAGCCGUGACGCUCGACUUUGCUGCGUUCGAGAGCAGCAUUGCUCGUAUUCAAUUCCUGUUGACGAAUAACGAGAAGGAGAGGGAGCGAUAUGCAGCGGAGAAAUUGCGCAUCCAGUCUACGGCGCAGGACGUUCGAGACAACACGGCUGAGCUUCGCGUGCAGCUUGAAGCCGCGCAGAAGACGCUAAACCUUCGCAAAACGUACGAUGACCUCACCGAAAAAAUCACGAGUAAUCGGCUCCUUCGACCUCGAGAAGAUCAAAAGGCCAACCUGGAGAAACUCGAAACAGAAAUCUUGGAGUUGGAGAAGGAGAGCAAGGAGUAUGCAAAGACAUGGUCCGAAAGACGCGAGCAGUUCGGCCGCAUCGUCGAAGAAGGAAUGCAGCUGCGCCGCUUGAUUCGGGACGAGAAAGAAGAGGUCGAGCGCAGAGAGGGGAUGCAAGAAGGGGAUGACGGCGAUGCCGGAGACGGAGAAGAUGAAUCGAAAGGGCGAGCCAGUAAUGCCAACUCGCCUCGACCAGAUUCUGAAUCUCAAACAGGCGAAGAUACUUCCUCUGGCAGAUUACAGGUGGAAAGGUUGCAAACAGAUACAGUGGGUGCCGCAUCUCCACUACGACAGUCCAUGUCUGCGGCCGAAGAGAAGGCUGAGAACGAUAUCAACAUGGCGGACGAAGGGGAGGUCGAUGAGCUCGAGGAAGGCGAGGCUGACGAAAGGGAUGAUAAGAUGGAUACUACAUAG